CCAAGGCUGAGGAUGGCCAAGGAAGAUCCAGAGGCAGGAUCAGUCCUCUUUCGGGUCCUGUCCGAAGCAGAAGGCCGGCAAGGAGCCGGGGAGAGUGCCCUCCUCGUCCUGGAGCAGCUCCGGAUGUUCGCAGGGGGCUCGGUGAAGAGAUGCAAGGAGAGAAACCUGGAUAAGGCGUUCCAGAUCUUGGCCGGCACGAGCAAAGGAAUGUGGGAACUGGACGGUGACACUGUACUCUCAUUGGCUCGCUGCGUCGUGGCUUGCCAAAUCGAGGCCACCGGCAGCUCCAGCACUUUCUGCCGACUUGAGAAGAUCGUGACAAAAUUAGCGGAAGGAAACGAAUCCUUGGUCUCCAAACAAGUGAGCGAGUUCAUGGACUACUUCUCCAAAGACAACGAGCCGUUGUCGCGUCAAACUCUGCAGACAGUGUGCAUCUUUAUCGAGGAAAGCACCAUGGGGCGACGGUACUGGACAAAUAAGUUCAUGCCGGUGUUGCGAUGUAUUGCCGCCACCUUUGAUGCCAUCCUGAAGGACCCAAGCGCCAGGAACGAGGAAUGGCAGCACCUCACCGUCAAGAUCUGCCUGCAGCUGUUCAAGUGGAUGCCAAAGGAGGUUUCAAGGCUUGCAUGGGAUGGGACGGACAACACCGGCGUCUUGCAAAGCAUUCUGGGAUCUCUGCUGCAAAUCAUGGUGGGAAAGUCCGCCGGCAAGGACACCCGUCUUCUGGUGGGCAUUGCUGUGAGUAUGCUGGUGAAUACGGCGCCCAAGCCAACACAAGGCGCCAGAGCAGUUCUGAGCCUCUAUCGCUUGCUGGAUCGAGGUGGCGGUUCCAUCAUCCAUGAGGCGGAGGGGACAAUGGACAACUAUGAAGGGGAAUGCCGGUUCGGGAUGCUCAGUGUGGUUCCUUCUGAUUGGAAUCCGGAUGGUUUGGAGACGUUGGUGUUGACCCGGGGUUUGUUGUCCUGUUGCAAGAAGGAGAUCCUGAGCUGCCGUCUGGACGGCCCCAAACAGGCUUGCCUCUUGCUGGAUGUGCUUUUCCCAGUCGUUCUAGCCUUGAUGGAAGAGCCAAUGGAUCACCACUACUACUGCUUUCAAGUUUUCUCUCUGUGGCUUCAAAGUUUCCGAGAAAGUCUGGAUGAGAUUUGGAAAGCGAAGGGCGACCGGGUGCUGGCCGACACUUCCAGCCUGCUCCAGAGACUGGUCCAGUUGCUCUGGAACAAUGCAGAGAGCCCGGUCGAAGGGAUAUCGGAGUCCGUCCGCUGCUCCUUCCAACUGCUCUUGGAGAGCUACAGUCUGGAAUGUGACCACUUUGAAGCCCAGGAGAGACCCUUCUAUGAAGAACUGCUGCAGAGGACGAUCCUAAUGCCUUGGCAGGCUAGAGCCCGAUAUUUUGCCCUUGUCUCGGUUCUUCCCUACUUGGGCCCUGAAAAGGUUCUCGAUCUCUACAAGGAUCUCCCAGGGCACCUCUUGAGCUGCCUUUCGACCAACCACUUGUGCCCAGUUGCGGCGGAGGUGUACAAAAGCAUCCUGCAGCUUCAGCGCAAAGCCUGGACGGAAGGCCAGGGCCACGUCUCGGAGGAGGAACUGUCUCGGAAGUGGGCUCGCCCUUGGCUGCCAACCCUGUCCGCCGCCUUGAUGUCUUCCAACGCUUUCCUUCAGAACCAUGCCUCCAGCCACCUCCUUGGCUGCACCUUGAGGCUCUUCCCUGCCUCUUCCGCUUUGCUGGCUGAAAGCUUUUGCGGCGGACAUGCCUCUCAGCUCCGGGCCUGGGUGGCCUUGGUGAACGCUCAGAAAGCAGUCGCCGGGGCCUUGCCUGCAGACGCCGCCACCCUGGAGAGACUGGACUCGUGCCUCUGCUCUGAGGAAGAGAACAUUCGCCUGGCCGCUCUGAGCCUGCUCUGUGCCACCCCCAGGACCAACCAGGCCCUGACCGGGACAGAAAUCCGUCUCCUGAAGGAAUUCUUGCUGCUCAACCUGAACUGCGAUUCUUCCGCCUUCCGGCAGCUGCUCCAAGCAUCUAUGAAGAAGGCUUUGGUCAGGAUGAGGGACAGCUCCCUUGCCAUACUUCGGGAUAAAGCCUCGAACAAGAUGUCUCAAAGCAACCUGGAAGUCUCAAAGCAACCUGGAGAACACCGAGAUGCUUCUCUGAUACAAGCGGUAGAUUUCGUUGAGUGGCUGAUGCAGCUCUGCCUGUCCUCUGUGACGCCAGGGUCCAACUACCAGCGAAGGAAAACCUCCCUCCUCUUGUUGGCAGCCGUGAUGGAAACCUGUACAGACACAUGGAGUCCAGAGCGGAAGAAGGGACAGCCUCCGCGCGAUAUGGCCAUGCUCCUAAACUGGGCCAGAAGCAAGGGCCGCUGGGAUUAUUUUUGCCAAGCCAACACGCUGAUGUUGCUGAGCUGUUUACAGGACGGUACAAAUGAGAUCCGUGAGUUGGCAUCCGAGCUGUUUGUCUGCUACUUCCCACCAGCGUUCCCGACAUCCCUUGCCGCCGCCGCACUGUUUCAGCGGGCCCAAGAAGCCAUCAGCAGCCCCCGGGUUCAGGAGGCAGAAUCAGGGGCCGUGUUGAUGAAAACCAUCCUCCAAAAACUAGACGUCUCGGCCUUGAGACAGCUAUUCCCAACAGCCGAGGAGGAGUUGGCGGAGCAAGGCCGGUGCCUCUGUUUCCUUGAGCAUCUUUUCGCGGUGCUACAGGACCAUUUUGCCGUUGCUCGCCAGAACUUGUUGAAAGCCGCCUGCACCACACCAAUCCAUGGUGUGGUUUUGGCUCUGCGGCGAUGUCUACUCGAGGUCCCAGAAGUGUUGGACUCUAUGCGGAGGUUGCAGGUGGCACCGCGUUGGCAAACGUUCCUCAGUGGCUUGGUGACUACCGCCAAGGACAUCAACAGCUUUCUCCUGGGCGUGUUACAAGGGAAGCAGUCAUCAAGCAUAGACCAAUCAGCAUCGGCACCUUCCUUUGCAGACAUGGGCAAUGCAAUCGGGUCCCUCAUCCAACUUGGGAAGGAGUGGGGAUCGCUGGAGGCGCUGGAAGAAGAUUCAGUCCUGCUUUCCGAGGAGCACAGUCUCAUCCUCACCUGUUGCUGGGUCUCCGUGAAAGAAAUUGGGCUGCUCUUGGGAGGACUCGCUGAGAAGGUUUUGCCUCUAGCGCCACCUGGAAACGGCAGGCAACUCCUGCCGCUUCGCGUGGUCCAUCUGGCGGCCGAGAUCUUCCAGGAUACCUUGCUGAAGUGCCGUCACUGGGGCGCAGUGGAGGGCUGCAGCAUGGGAUUCACUAAAUUCUGUACUGCUUUGCUCAGGCAUCCAGACCAAAAACUGCAAGCUAUCCCCGAAACAAUGCAAACUCAGGGCUUGACGUUGUUAAAGAACCCCAAGAGCAGGUCCAUUACUCGCAGGGCAGCUGGUUUCCCCAUGCUCUUCCUCUGCAUCGUGGCCGGAGAAGACCCCACCAAGUCGCGGCCUCUUUUGGCAAGUUGUGUGAAGACAUUGCUGGCCUUGGCCGCUGAGCCUCUUCCCUGCAACUGGGACCAGACAGUGGACCUGCCUCAGGUCUCAGCGGUCCACGUCUUGCAGACGCUGGCUCGUGGUUCGGGCCUUGGAACAGCGCUCCACAAAUACAUUGCCCCCAUGAUGACGCUGCUCCUCAAGGCUCUGGGCUCUCCCAGCUGGGCCAUGAGAAACGCAGCCAUCCAGCUCUUUGGUUCCUUGACGGUUCGUCUUCUAGGUCAAAAGCGAACGCGGGAGGACAGCGCUAGCCAAGAAGGACUAAGCUCCGAAGCCCUUUUCAGCUCCUAUCCUCAGCUGAGGAAUAUUCUGCUUGGAGAAUUAACCUCAGCUGCAUCCGAAGGGACCCAGAGAGGGAAACUGUGCUUAUACCCCUCGCUCUAUGCCAUCCUUACCUUCCUGGCCAAACUGCAGCCGAGUGCAGACGUGCCAAACAGCGGUUCCAUUUGCUUCCUGGAGCCUCUGACCCAGCUUUCCGGAAACCCCAUUUACGCCGUGCGGGAAAUGUCGGCCCGGGCCUUGCUGCCUCUAGUCCCUCUGCGGGACUAUGGAAAGGUCCUCUUGCAACUGAGCUCCCAUUUGCCGCAGCCCGAGGAUGCGCAGUCUCAUAACGCACUGCAUGGACGUUUGCUGCAAAUCCAGGCGCUGCUAAAGCGGGCUCUGCGAGUGAACUGUCUCCCUUCUGAUGCCUUACUCACCAUCGCCUGUCGGAUGGAAGACCGUCUCUGGCUUCUCACCAGCCUGCAGCGAUGUCCCUCGGUCCGCACGGCCUAUCUCCAAGUCGUCUCCUUACUGAUGGGAAACUGUUCCCAAAGUUUUGCCCAACGAGUCUGGAAGAUUGUGAGUUCCGAAUUGGCUGACUCUCCGUUCCAAGAAAAAGGCGGAAACUCUCCCGUUCAGGUGGGUUUGGCUGCCUUCUACCAAGACGGUGCCCACUUCCUUUGCCAGGAAGCAGCCAGGCUGGGAUGUCCCAAAAGAGUCGGACAACUUUGCGGGUUCCUUCGAAGGGGGAGUGUUGACGUGCAAGUAGCCAUCCUGAGGUGGGUGAAUGAACAAGAGGAGAGAACAGGACUGGAUCUCGGCAAAGGCCUGCAGCUAACACUACUGGAGAAUCUCGAAGAGGUGCUGAAAGGCGAGGCUGACUGUGUGCUUCUGAAACUAUACCUGGAGGCUUUUGUGCACCUCCACGGCGAGCCAACGUUCCAGAAUCGUCCUUUUCCCCAUAAAACGCUGGGUGCUGGGUACAAAAAAUGCAUGGAGAUCCUGUUAUCCAUGGUGGAAAGUGACCGUCUCAGCCCAGAACUUCUGAGCCAGGCUCUGUGUGUCCUUGCUUUCCUCUUGACACUGAGUAGCGAGGAUCAUUCCAUAUGGGAACGAUGGGCUAUAGUAAUCGAACAAUGCAGCAAAGCCGUUGCGUUGGAAGCACUCAGAAUGGCAGCAGCCAAAUCGCUGAAAAUAGCAGGCGGAGAUCUGAUUCGGAGAGCCCAACUAUCCUCCAGUUCGACCCUUUGCAGCGUGGCUCUCCGUCUAAUCGAUGCUGGCGUGGCCCUUCUCCAAGAUGGGGACCAUGCCGUGAGGCACGAAGCCGCCGUCUUUGCCAGCCUCCUUGCGACACCACCUCAAAACAGUUGUGUUUUGCUGCAGGCGAACAAGGCCCUGCUUAGCCUGCUGCAGCUCUCGCUGGAAAAGUUUGGGAACGAGCCGGAAACUUUUGCGAUGUUGAUGCAUCAUCUGCCUACAAUACCUCUCAGCAGGGCCUUAACUGAGCUCGAGGCCAAGGGGGUUGUUAGUCUCUACAAAGAGGAUGAGCCAAACGUUUACGCCGAACCCGGGAUCCUUUCCCAGCUGCUGUUGCCUUUCCUCCUCCAGCUCCACAACCGUGCAACUAACUCCCCAGAACUUCAGACGGCAAUGUACAACUGGCUCAAAGUUGCCGGACCCGAGAUCUUUUCCGACCUCCAGCGCUGUAGGUUGUGGUGGCACCAAGAUCGUGACGCUUCCUUGCUCCUGAAAGCCCUGGCUUGCCCAAACGUACACAUCGCUGCCUCAACGCUGCUCGCCAGAGCCGCCCUUGCGCUCUGUAUUUUGGACUCGGCAGAAGAAAGGAAAGUGCCCGGCGUUGACCGGAUCGGUUUAACUUCCCGAGAGCUGAGAGAGGAAGUUCUAUCUGUGCAAGAAGUUCUCAAAGCACAUGGAAUGGUACCUGCCAUUUCUGCAACAGACAGCAAAAGAGACACCUGAGGAUUUCUAAUCACAGAUCCUCCUUCCCUUCUCUAUUUUGCAUCUUCUUGCCUCCGAUGGGAGAAGUUACUGCUCCAAGAUGUUUGGCCUUUGGAUGCCAAACCUGUCCUGAUCAGUGUCGGUGGCCUAAACCAUACUCUUCAGGAUCUGAAGACUUUUUGCAAGUCGGGAUUGUGCUAAAGCUAACCGGAAUAGUGUUUUCUCAAAUCGUAUCAUGCCCCACUGAGUUUGACUCUUUUCAGCAUUUCGCUCUUUGCUCCUGUUAUAAGGAGCUCUAAUGUUUGUUUUGGAGGGCAGAACGGGAUUUUUCUCAUUUAAAUAAAGCAUUUUUUU